UCCCACUCCUCCUUAUGGUAUAGCAACAAAAGGGGCAGGCAGCGUGACUCACUAGAAUAGCGGUUCAGUUCAGACACACACACACACCAACCGAUCGACUCUGCCAACAGUAAUCAUCUUUCGGUCAAGUAGAAUAGCCUAAACAGAAUAUGAAGAGCUAGAAUGAUGUGUUCCAAACCAAAAGGAGACAGAAUAACGAGGAAGCUCCCGUUCUAUUACGUCAAAUAGAUUAGGCUAGUCUGAUAACCUGUAGGUAGGCUGCUACGUGUGAUUGGUGGCAGGGCUACUGUAGGAGACCUUUGCAUUGGCGGCGCAGCGGUUGGAUGGAUGGGCUGAGCAAUGCAAGGUAGAAUUGGGAGACAAUCAGGAAGAAGCUCUGUGAUAUCAGUCCGACUUUAGUCGGCACGAGACGGGGGACCAUCUUUCCUCACUGAGUCAGCACGACGAGGUGAAAAACCGUAUCUCUAAUCUAAUCGGUCUUCCCCGGUGGCGAUAUGGAUAGGGAGAACGGAGAGUCGGGCGCGGAUGGAUCUUGGAAGAAGAAUGUCGAUGAUAUCAAGAAUGUAUUCGAGUUCAAAGAAGUCCUUGGAACUGGUGCAUUCUCAGAGGUGGUCAUGGCCAGGGAGAAGGCCACAGGGAAGAUGGUUGCAGUGAAGUGCAUCCCUAAGAAAGCACUGAAGGGGAAGGAGACCAGCAUUGAGAAUGAAAUUGCCGUGCUUAGGAAGAUAAAACAUGAGAACAUUGUGGCUUUGGAUGACAUCUAUGAGAGCCCCAACCACCUAUACCUCAUCAUGCAGUUGGUGUCUGGUGGUGAGUUGUUUGAUCGCAUCGUAGAGAAGGGUUUCUACACAGAGAUGGACGCCAGCAGGCUCAUUAAACAGGUGCUUGACGCUGUCAACUACCUCCACGCUAUGGGCAUCGUACACAGAGACCUCAAGCCAGAGAACCUGCUUUACUACAACCCCCAUGAUGAGGCUAAGAUCAUGAUCAGUGACUUUGGUCUGUCUAAGAUGGAGGGGACAGGAGACGUGAUGGCCACUGCCUGUGGGACGCCAGGAUAUGUGGCCCCAGAGGUUCUGGCUCAGAAGCCCUACAGCAAAGCAGUGGACUGCUGGUCUAUCGGAGUCAUCGCUUACAUUCUGUUGUGUGGUUACCCUCCAUUCUAUGACGAGAAUGACUCUAAGUUGUUUGAGCAGAUACUCAAGGCAGACUAUGAGUUUGAUGCACCCUAUUGGGAUGAUAUAUCGGAUUCAGCCAAAGAGUUCAUCAGCUCUCUGAUGGAGAAGGAUCCAGAGAAGAGAUUCACCUGUGACCAGGCUCUAGCCCACCCCUGGAUUGCUGGGGACACAGCUCUCUGCAAGAACAUCCAUGAAUCAGUCAGUCGGCAGAUGAGGAAAAAUUUUGCCAAAAGCAAAUGGAGGCAAGCGUUUAACGCCACGGCAGUGAUUCGUCAUAUGAGGCGCUUGCAGCUGGGCAGUAGUCUGAACAGUAGCUUUGGCAGCAGUAUGGACCAACAGGGACCGAACUCUAUGCUGGCCAAGAGCAUGUCUGUAGACUGUGCCACCCUCUCACGCAAAGACGGUCCUCCACGACCUCUGCCUACUCUGCCUCCUCUGCCUCUCUCCCCUGCAGCCUGCAGCGCCCCUGCCAGCUUCGGAGUGGAACCACAGGCAGAACCACAGGUUGUGGCUCCAGCUGCAGCGGUGGAACCACCCCGGCCACGCCCCUCCACAGUCACCACCAUCCACAUGGGGACUAAAUGACGUCUGGUUCCGCGGGAGGUCAGCUGGGAGACCACAGAGCUUUGAGUUGGGAUUCCAAUUCAGCCCCUCAGAAUUCCAGAAUUUCUCUCCUAGUCUGCCCAUCCCGCCCAUUAUCAGCUGUUAGGAUUGAGAACUUGAGGACCCCUUCUAUUUAACAUGGCUCAGCACUUACUGCAUUCUCAGGGCAGCACUCUGUCUGUACCCAACCACAGGAAGUGUUUUCAGAGAUGUGAAAUAGAAUUUUGAGAGCUGACAGGAUUUCCUAUUCUAUCUAACAGACAAUCAUAUCUGUUCUACACGAUACAUUCCUAUUUGAACAUUCUGCUUCCUAACAGGCCACAGGUCUGGUGGUGAAGAGAUGAGGAGGACCACUGUCUCUCUCUCUCCGUCUCCUGACCAGAGGGUAAAACAUUUUUGGGCCAGUUUCCCAGUGCUUGAAUUGGGUUGGUGCACUCGGUACGGAGUAAUUGCAACCUAAAAUGUUCACCUCUUAUAGAAUAUUCACUCUAAAUGGGACAUUGGUGGUGUUAUGAGGCCACACUAUGCUAGGUUGAAGAUGGAGAAGGUUAAGACAAUGUAAUAAUUCCAUGCAGAAGCGUUUGAAUACAAACAAAUUCAUUGGACCAGCGCUGGAGUGAAAAUGACUGGAAGUGAAUGUUAGCAGUACAGAAAGUUUGCCAUCAAAUUGGAAAAUAAACACUAUCGUAGAGAAUUUCUGUUAACUACUCAGCAAACACAUAGCAUAACUGUUUUACUGUCAUUCUAUUAGUUUAAAUGUUUUUCAAAUGAGCUACAGCCACUUUACAGCUUGAUUACCCAACCGCUGGUCACGUUUUCAAUUCUUAUCCUGUAGAAUCCGCAACAGCGCUGGUCCAAUAUUUUUGAACGCUGACGCAUGGAAUUAUUACGUUAUCUUAACCUCUGGGGUUUUUUUUCGACCUAGACACUAUGGGAACUCACCAUGUUUUUAUUAUUCUUUGUUAUUGAGACUGCUGUAACUCUGUGAGACUGUGAGUGUCAGGGGCAUAACGCCUUCUAUGCCCUGUGUUCAACAUUGCACCUUGAAUCAGUGGGAAAACAUUGAGUGGAGUUAGUGUUUUAUGCAACUGAAAGAGCAUUCAAGGGUAAAAUAGUGAUUACUUGUUAUCCUAAUUUCUAGUUUUCAUUUUUAGCUGCAGUUCAGGUUGAGUAGUUCACUGGUUCAUUAUUCCCAACUGUAGGGCAUAGCUGUUAUAUAUUUGCUUUACGUUUUCUGGAUAUAAAAUGUCAGAGAAACAUAUCUAUCUGCAGAAUCAUGCACACACCUGUGAAUGAAGUGCUUUAGUAGUGUGAGACAACUGGCAUGAGCAGUUUUGAUAUCCAGUUGUGAUAGUUGUGACUAAUGAUGGUUGUGACAGUUAUGACUUGAAUAACAGUGCAUUCAUUGUACACUUUUCCUAAUUGAAAGGGAUUGAAUUAUUUAUUUUCUUAUAUUCUGACUUUUGUAAGAACAUUACUUACAAAAAAAUUGUAAAUGUGCUACUCGACUUUUACGUUGAAAUGUUUAAACGGGAAAAUAUGUUAUGUCAAUAAUAGGUUAAAAUGUAUAGUUGUUACUUAUUAUGAAUAAUUGUGAUGUAACUGUGAUGCCAUCCUUAGCAUAAGGAUGCAGUGUAUAAACAUAGCUUGUUGACCCGUUCUCAGGGAGAUACUUUGACAAUUUGAUGAAAUGAAACCCCAGUUAUGAUGCUGAGGUUGAAGUUUAUGAUGAUACAUGUAUUGACUAUAGCAAGCGUUGCAUAUUCUUACGUGCCAUCAGGACAGUUCAGCUCAUAAUAAAAAAAUGUUUUGGGGGGGAUGAACCUUACAUGGAAUGGACAGUUUGAUAUAUCCCAUGGUUGGGGCAUUGUUUUAGAUUUGUUUGGGAUGAGACUGAAAGAAUGCAUAUGAAAACAAUGACCACUGCAAUAUAGCUCAAUUUAAACACAUAUGACAAACUAAGAAAUAAAGAUUGAAGUAAUUUGAUAA